UUUUAUAUUUGUGAAGUCUGAAAGAAGCUUCUAUCCAGUAUGCUUCAAUUUUCACGUUAUGCCUUCAAUUUCCAAAUAGAAUUGUUUUCACCCUAUUAAAGGUAACAUCACCUUCAUUCUCUCAUCUUCAUCCUCUCUCUCUCUCUCUCUCUCUCUCUCUCUCUCUCUGUGGAACAGAUGGCUUCCUAUGCUACAGCUGCCAUGUCUCUUCUAGCUCCUGUGCUUGCGGUUGCUAUGUUAGCCAUAUAUGUCAAGGGGUUUGAAGAUUUGUCUCCUAUUCUCUCUCCCUACUAUGACAAAAUCUGUGAGGAAGUUGAAUGCGGGAAGGGUUCGUGCAAAGCAGGUUUACAGUAUCCAUUCAACUUCAUCUGCGAGUGUGAUUCAGGCUGGAAGAGGACAAGGCUCGACGACGACGGCGAACAUCAUCUCCGUUUUCUCCCUUGCGUCAUCCCAAACUGUAGUAUGGAUUACUCAUGCAUGCCGGCCCCUGCCCCUGUUCCACCUUUUCCGUCAGUUCCUCAUAAUGUCUCCUUCUUUGAUCCUUGCUAUUGGAUGUACUGUGGAGAGGGUACAUGCAUCAAGAACAAAACCACAUAUACCUACACCUGUGAAUGCAAAGCUGGUUAUUCAAACCUUCUCAAUAUCUCAGUUUACCCCUGCUUCAGUGACUGUACAAUUGGGUCCGACUGUGCCAGGCUUGGGAUUAAGGUGGCAAACUCAUCAUCAACUACUACAUCGCCAUCAUCAAUUACCUCAACUACUACAUCGCCAUCAUCAAUUACCCCAGGCGGGAACGAAGGAACCUCAUUUCUGCCAGGAAAGCUGCAUUGGAUUGCUAUCUUGAUUAUGUGCGUGGCUAUGGUUCUGUAGAAGUAAAUUGAGAAGCUCCCCCCCAAUACCUAUCAAUGAAGAAGAGUAGGAUUGUUGGAUUGAGAUAUGAGAUCAUGGCUUUUAGUUUUCAUUCCACCACAGGAGAUUUCUUCAUAGUUGGUCUGAUUCGUAUGAUGUCUGUUGUUGCAUUGUUACCAUUCUUCUUAUGUAAAAUCAAUUAUUUAUGAAUAAGCUGAACAAAUUCAUGGGGUGGGAGAUGGCUUGUAUAAAGCAGAAUGUAGAAUAAAGACCACGUAUAUUAGUUGUUUUACACAUACAUAUAUAAUUGAUUGUUUUGUGAGUUAUAAUA